AAGGAGACCGGAAAACCCUACACCCACGACUUCCCCCACCAUGAUAUAAACCGACCUCGCCCCUCCGUUUAUCCCCUCUUCCCCUCGCCUCCAUCUCCCCUACCUCUAGGGUUUUCCUCUCCCUCUCUCAUCUCGGCGGAGGCGAGGCGACGACGAUGAGCAACGACAAGCAACAAGACAACAUCAAUCUCUCUGAUCUGGGUUCCGCUCUCCCUACCAACACUCCAGCUAUGAGCGCGGAGGACCGAGCCGGUCUUGUUGAUGCUCUCAAGAACAAGCUCCAGAGCCUGGCAGGGAAGCAAUCUGAUGUGCUGGAGACCCUCUCGCCGACGGUCAGGAAGCGCGUUGAGGUGCUGAGGGAGAUCCAGUGCCAACAUGAUGAACUUGAGGCAAAAUUUUUUGAGGAAAGAGCUGCUCUUGAAGCUAAAUAUCAGAAACUUUAUGAGCCACUAUACACCAAGAGGUAUGAGAUUGUGAAUGGAUUCAUUGAGGUUGAAGGUGUUACAAAUGAACCUGUAGAGGAAAAUCCAACUGAAGAUAAAGAUAGUGAAGAAAAAGGUGUGCCAAAUUUUUGGUUGACUGCUAUGAAAACAAAUGAAGUGCUGGCUGAGGAGAUUCAAGAGCGUGAUGAGGGAGCUCUCAAGUAUCUAAAGGAUAUCAAGUGGUCCAGAAUUGAUAAUCCUAAGGGUUUCAAGCUUGAGUUUUUCUUUGAUCCUAACCCCUAUUUCAAGAAUUCCAUCUUGACAAAAACAUAUCACAUGAUCGAUGAGGAAGAACCAAUCUUAGAGAAAGCAAUAGGGUAUUUUCUUUUCUAUUUAUCUGCUAAAUAUUUAUCCAAAGCAGUAGGGUUUUUUUUUUAUUUAUCUGUUAAAUAUUUAUCGUUUAAGGAUUUUUCUUUAUUGAAAUCUCAUCACAUUUUUCUUUCCUUCUGUCAUAGGACUCAAAUUGAAUGGUUGCCAGGGAAGUGCUUGACUCAGAAGCUUCUGAAAAAGAAGCCCAAGAAGGGUUCAAAGAAUGCCAAGCCCAUCACCAAAACUGAAGAUUGUGAAAGUUUUUUCAACUUCUUUAACCCGCCACAAGUCCCUGAUGAUGAUGAGGAUAUUGAUGAAGACACUGCUGAGCAACUACAGAAUCAAAUGGAGCAAGAUUAUGAUGUUGGGUCCACUAUUAGAGACAAGAUAAUCCCUCAUGCUGUUUCAUGGUUCACUGGGGAGGCUGCUCAGGGGGAUGAUUUUGUGGACUUGGAAGAGGAUGAUGAAGAUGAAGACGGGGAGGAGGAUGAUGAAGAAGAAGAGGAUGAUGAGGAUGAGGAUGAUGAUGAUGAUGAAGAUGAAGCCAAGACCAGGAAGAAGAUGGCUCCAACAAAGAAGAGAAGUGGAGGGGAAGGUCAACAAGUGGAUCGGCCAGCUGAAUGCAAGCAGCAGUAAACUUUUUAUGAAUGAGUGGGGCAUCAUCUUAAAUUCUGGAAAGGAAAUAAGAACGAGACAAACUCUUUUUCUGUACCGGCUUGGCCUGUGUUUUGUUAACCACCACAGAUGAUCCUGGCAAGCUCAGAUGUUUCUCAUGGAGCUAAGAAUUUUGAUGAAGACGGUAAUCAUGUUAGUUCUUUGAAUGCUGCUCCCAGAUUCUCAGAUGUUGAGACCUCAUUUUCCUUGAGUGAUGCUGUGUCCAUGUGGUCGUGUUAAAGGUACAUGUGACCUCUACCUAACACGGACUUGUCAACCCGCACGAACCCACCCGAAAUAAACGACAGAUAUGGAUUGGAAAUGAGU